AUGGCGUUUCUUAAGCGACUUAAUGUUUCGUCACACUCGCGGUCAAGUUCGGGUUCCUCCGGUCGGACCCCACAAAACACAUCAGGAGGGUCGAAAGCCACAGCAGUGAAGCCACUGCCGCAGAUACCGGUGGAAAUGGGGGGUAUUGAAAGCGAGGUGAUAAAGAACGGGGAGGGCGGGCAGUCUGUUGUGAUUCUGUGCGAUGACGUUGGCAGUGGCAGCUACACGUCGGUGCUGCUAAGCCCGAGCGACCCGCAUAUGUUCUCUGCGGACGGGCAGCGGCUGAGUGUGGAGGAGCAGGCGGAGAAGACGCUGUACUCGUGGGAUGUCACGGACCCGGAGCAGUGGACGAUGCAGCGGGUGAUGUCGUGGUUCAAGGCGCACGACUUCGACGAACAGUGGAUUCUGUUCUUCAAGCGCAACCACAUCUCGGGGAAGAAGUUCCUGCAGCUGCUGGCGCACGAUAACUUCAACAAGUACGAGAGCUUCCUGUCUGCGACGAAGAACAGCUCGUACAACCGGUUUCAGCACCUGUUGAAGCGGACGCUGGAGGAGAACGUGUCGAACAGCCACCGGCGGCAGCGAAGUAACAAGUCGAACGACUCCAAGGGCUCUGCCGACUGCAGCUUGAGGUACCGGCGGCGCAGGAGUGUUGCGUCGGAACAGCGGACGCUGACUGCUGCGGAGGGAGUUACACCGCGGAAGACAGUGGAGGUGGCGGACGAUCGUGCGGGGAGCAGCAAGAACCACCGCAAGGCGAAGAGCGCUAGCGUACUAUACCGGCGGAGCUUCAUCUCGCUGCGAAGCUCGUCCAGCAGCAAUAUCAAGAACGAUGUAGACGACGACUGCAAGACGCUGCCGGCCAUGAAGAUCAGUAUACCGCCGCGGCCGUUUUCGUCGAUCGAGCGGUCUACCUCGUCCUCGCCUGCCUCGACCUUGAAAUCACAGUCGUCUCCACUCUCUCCAGGGAAUCAUAAUAUGUUCCGCAAGGAUCACAAGAGUAGCUCGUCUGACUCCUCGCUGUUCAACAACCUUUUUGGGAGUGCGGACGAAAUUACUAAAGCGGUAGGCGGGACUGCCCCGCAAGGCGAGCAGAUAGCCGUCAAGAAGUAUAACGAUACUCUUCCUUCUCCUAUGCGUGUGUCUCCAAGGCAUAUCGAUGACAAGUCUACCAUAUGGGAUAAACUGAAAAAAAGAGCUUUGCCGUCUACCGAACAAUAUACGCCCUCUCGUAUAAAGCAGUUGACGAGUGGCCGGAAUUCCAGUUAUAUUCAGACGCUUCAAGAAUCACCAGAUGAAUGCUCGGCAAACAAUGAGGAUCCACCAGCAACGGCAACCUUGGAGGCGCCGAUAAUUGAUGAUUUGGUCCUAGAAGAAAAGCACUAUCCAUCACAGAAACAAGAUAGCUCUGCCCAGUACGUCCUCGUUACCAAGGACAAUAGAAUAUUUCUGCCGCUGAAUAUUGCUCCUUAUAAAACAACUCAGGAGCUGAAAGAUGGCAUGACUGCCUUUCUCGGCAUAUCGAGUAAAGCCUAUACCAUCCAUCUAACCGAUCUUGGAUGUGACCCUGGCGUAUCGCUCUCAGACGAUGUUAUCGCGGCCAUUGGCCAGCGUAAACUGAACACGCGACACCUCAAGUUCUAUGUCAAGGAUGCAACGAGGAUGCACCUGCGUCUGAAGAAUGAUAGUUUUACUUCUGACCAUAACAUAACUACUGAGAUGAGUAGAAGUAAAGGCUCGCUGCGGUCAGCAGCUAGCAGCUUCAUUAGCUCCAAUGAUGACACUAAUUCUUUCUCAGAUAUCACUUCGAUUGAUGAGCACGGGAAUAUCACGGGUAGAAGAGUUUAUCCUCAAACUCCUAGCCACUACUAUGACCAAAGUGCAGCCACCCAUAGCCCAGAGGUGGACUACUGGAACAUAAAGGAACGACUCUCCGAGGGGACAUCCCCUAUGAAUAUCUCUUUGCUGAGGUCAACUACCAAAGCCGCCUCUCUUCCCUCCUCGAUUGACGAAAUAAAGAAAAGCAGCUUUAAGGUCAUUCGGAAAGCAAGUGUCACGGAUAUAGAUUUUAAUAAGGGACGCGAAUCACCCUACAUCAGACCCAAACUUGCCCCAAAGAGGGAGGCUCCGAGACCUCCUCGAACAAGUUCACAGGUUUCAUUGGCCUCAUCCUCUUCUAUUCAAAGCAGUUUAGUGGAACAGAAAUCCAUCUCCAAUUCCCCGACGAAACCGCAGCGGCAGCAUGCGGGUACAUAUGUGAAGAACAAAACGCGACCCCCUCCACCCCCAAGUAUUGGUAGCACAAUGACAGUGGAUACAAAAGUUAUGACUUCAGUCUCGGAUUCCCCUGUUUCCAAUGAGCCUCCUAAUCGUCCAUAUGGGCCUUUUUCGACACAAAAGCUAGUGCCUCAAGGAUUUAAAGGAGUUGGCGUGCAUCCGGGAACUAGGAAGGUCGAGGAACAGAUGCAUACCAAUCCAGUUACACAAUACAUCCAGAAACAGCGCUCUCGGAAUUCCAUAUCCAAGAUGGGUAACAAUCCUUCUCUUUAUUCACCGCCAAGGCUUAAGAAAAGGAUUAGUACCCGCCGAAUGGUUUCCUCGACAUCUGCAGCUGAUAUCUUUGAUGAAAACGAGAUCUCGUUCGCGGAUGCGCCAGAUCUAUCAGAUUAUGACAGCGAGAACAGCGAAUCAUCAGAUGAUAUAAUAUGGUCUACCACCAAUACAACGAGUCUGGAUGCUUCCAAGAUAAGCGUUUCUGACAGUACUACUGGCGAUGAUAGUAACUUUUCCGUAGCAAGUUCUGUUGAACUCCAAAGUUCAAUUAAGAAUGAUGCAAAAACCUCUGAAGAUUCUAUCGUGGAUUCUAUCAAGGAAGAAGGUGAUAGCGUGUGUAACCUCGUAGGACGGAAGAUGACGCUAAGACCUACUACCGAGGUUGUCUACCAGAAUCUGGAAAUGUUCUUCCCUGGCACGGAUCUUGACAAACCAAUAUUAGAGGGCUUGACCCCCCCUGCAUCGCCAGAUUCCGAGGCAAACAAGAUGCCCGACCAGGAUCUGACUCCCUUGAGCAAAGUAUCGACCAUUUCCUCUGAGAGUUCCAUGCGGCAGUCCACUCCACGCCUUUUGAUAACAAAGAAAUCUGACAGCCCGCAGCCCAUGCCUGUAAGGAACCUGAAACCGCCCAAGCGGACGAAGACCAUCAGAUCCAUAGCUAGGGAGGCGAGUGAGGCGAGAAAGAAGUCACUUUACAAUAAUCUAAAGCGACAGAAUACCAAAAUGUGGGGUACUAGAGUCGUUGAAGUGACUGACAAGCGGAUGGUGUCCAUCAACAAAUCGAAGAAUUCGAAGGGGGAAUACCGUGAAUUUGCAUGGAUCAAAGGUGAGAUGAUCGGGAAGGGGUCUUUUGGCGCAGUAUACCUAGGCCUCAAUGUUACCACCGGGGAAAUGAUGGCCGUGAAGCAGGUAGAAGUCCCUAAAUUUGGCUCUCAAGAUGAAACUACUGUCAAUAAUGCAGAGGCGUUAAUAUCAGAAGUAUCCACACUGAAGGACCUGGAUCACCUCAACAUUGUGCAGUAUCUAGGCUUCGAAAACAAGAACUGCAUCUACAGUCUCUUCCUCGAAUAUGUGGCAGGCGGCUCCGUUGGCUCACUCAUACGACUCUAUGGCCAUUUCGACGAGCAACUGAUCCGCUUUCUGACCACCCAGGUGCUCGAAGGCCUUGCGUAUUUGCACCUUCGUGGUAUCCUGCAUCGCGAUAUGAAGGCAGACAACCUAUUACUAGACAACGACGGUGUCUGCAAAAUCAGCGACUUCGGCAUCUCCAGGAAGUCUAACAACAUCUACUCCAACUCUGAGAUGACCAUGCGGGGAACAGUGUUCUGGAUGGCACCGGAAAUGGUCGAUACCACCCAGGGCUACAGUGCCAAGGUGGAUAUAUGGUCCCUCGGCUGCGUGGUACUGGAGAUGUUCGCGGGCAAGCGGCCGUGGUCCAACCUCGAAGUCGUGGCCGCCAUGUUCCAGAUCGGUAAGUCCAAGUCCGCUCCACCCAUUCCUGAGGAUACCCUACCCCACAUAUCUCAAGACGGCCGGGCAUUCUUGGAUGACUGUUUUAUGAUUGACCCUGAGGAGCGGCCCACCGCCGAUACCUUGCUUUCGCAUCCGUUCUGCCAGGUGCCCAAGGAAUUUAAUUUCAGGGACACUGAUCUCUACAACUUCAUCAAGCAAAAUGAUAAGUUGAACAAUAGCAAACUCACGAGAAACUCACAGCGCUAG